GCCGCCCCCCAGUCCUCCCCCUUCUAUUAUUUUCACUCUGUUUCUCUCUCUAAAAUUCUAGAGAGAGAGAGAGAGAGAGAGAUUUGAUGCGGUGGAGCUUCAUCUCCGACCAUGGACACUCCGCUGAAGAAUCAGAUCACCCCCACCACUCCUCUUCCUGCUAAAUACGAGGAUUCCCCUGUGUUCAACUACAUUAGCAAUCUUUCCCCGAUUGAGCCGGUGAAGUCCGUAGGAAAUGAUCAUCACACUUUCAACUCCCUAGCUUUUGCAUCUCUUCCUUCUAUUUUCGCUUCGCCGCAGAAUCUUUCCGUCCCGGAAACACGGUUCUUACUUAGAAGGCAUCACUUCUCUGAUUCACCGAAACCCGAGUCCUUCCAGAGUGGAAACCGAAACAGUAAAAGUGAUGGAGUUCCGGUUUCCGUUGAGCAAGCGUAUUUAGGUACUGACCAACCGGAAUGCUUUGCAUCCGGAAGUUCUUCAGAUGUAGAGGUGGCUAGUGCAGUACCAACUGAGAAUUUGGAACCACCGGUUGAGUUUCUAAAUACCUUGAAGUAUAGUUCUGGUAGCCCACAUAGAAAUGAUGUACAUCAUUCGAAAGGAAGGCACUCGUUUUUCGAGAGGGAAACACAUUUGCGCAGAAUUCGAAGAGUUGAGCAGAAGAAAGAUGCAGCCGCAUGCGAUUUGGUGAGGUUGAUUUCUGAUGAUCAGUUAAAAUUUGAUUUGACAACCAUUAAAGAGAAUUGUGCGGGGCACGAUCCUAAACCAGUAGAUCCUGGAGAAAUCUCUUUUAUGUCAAACAUCCUACGAGACAAUGAUAUUGAAGUAGAGGAAUCUGCUGGUCCUAUUGAUUCUUGUGAAGAAUGCGAAUUGGGAAAGGUCAGUAAUCAACCAGAAGGUGUUCGGGGAACUAAGGAAACAGAUCAAGCUCCGGCGAUACUUUCUGAAACUUUACUGGAUAAGUUAAAUGUUAAUGAUCCAAGUGGUAUUGUGGAUGAAAAGUCGCUGAAUUGUAUACAUUCUAGCUGCAAGCCUAGUUCUCAGUCAUAUGCAAUACGCAGGCGCUGUUUGGAUUUUGAAAGGCCAGCAGCUCACAAAAGGAAAUCAAUAGAUGCUAGUGGCGGUUCUUUAGCCUUACCGCAGUCCAGUUGUGAAGUCGCCUCUGUCGAAAAGCAGUUGGUUCAAACUAUAAAAGGUUGUGAUUAUUCAUCUUCAAGGUUACCUGGCAUUGGUUUGCACUUGAAUGCUCUUGCAACUUCUAGUGAAAGUAACUUAAGUAAGGUUGUCAAGCAUGAUAUUUCUGAGAGUCGAGCGAUAAAUUUUCCAAACUCCAAGAUAUCUAGUACUUCUUUGACUCCCAGUGAGGUUUCUUGUGAUGAAUCAUGUAAAAAUAAAGCUCAGGUUGCAGAAACUCCUCCCCAAGUAUGUGCAGCAGUUGGUCAAGAACAUGACUGUAAUAGUCCUGAGAAGAAAAGGCUUAAGUUGCAGCCUGUUGGAGAAAGUUUGGCUUGCAAGCGCUGUAAUUGUAAGAGAUCAAAAUGUUUGAAACUUUAUUGCGACUGUUUUGCUGCUGGUCUCUACUGUAUUGAGCCUUGUUCAUGUCAAGAAUGCUUAAACAAGCCUAAUUAUGAGAAUAUUGUUUUAGAGAAUCGCAAACUGAUUGAAUCUCGCAACCCACUUGCAUUUGCUCCCAAAGUAACUGCAAGCGCCGUUGCUAUUCCACAGUACGGGAAGGAAACUAACUCGACUCCGUCUUCAGCUAGGCAUAAAAGGGGAUGCAAUUGUAGAAAAUCAAGUUGCUUGAAAAAGUACUGUGAAUGCUUCCAGGGUGGUGCUGGAUGCGGCAUCCUCUGCAGAUGUGUAGGGUGUAAAAACACUUUUGGCCGGAAAGAUGAAUCUAAACAAGCUGAAGUUGGAGGAGAUGAAUCAGUAGUUCCGAAUAAGGAUGCACUGAAUGUCAGUUUACCGACAGUAAGGGAUCAAGAUCUCCCAAUGGCGCGUUCUGGGAUUUUCAGACCUCCAGACCAAUUGACAUCCUCUUCUAACGGGAAACAGAAAAUAUUUUCUCUUCAUUCUGUGGUAUCAUCUCCUCAGCUCGAGAAGCAUCUUCAGGCAAUUCCUGAAGACGGAACUCUUGAGACGUUGGCUAGCAGUGGCUCACAUAAGUCAUCCUCUCCAAACUCAAAGAGGGUAUCGCCUCCUCACAGCGGCAGCGAGUUUGGGUCAGCUUGGAGGGGCGGCAGGAAGUUAGUUCUGAGAUCCAUUCCACCAUUCCCGACUCUGGAAUCACCACGAAAGCAGUGACUUGCGCCACAAUAGAAGUCUAAGAAACUGAAGUCGAAAGAGAAAAAUCAGGAAAUCGGAAAAAGGGUGCAGAAAAAAAGAAGAGAGACUUGUUCUUGCUCUCCCAAUUCAGGAAGAUGGAAAUCGCCGGUUGGGCUGGUCCAAGUCCAACCAAGAAAAACAUGGGACUUUUUUCAUGAAUUAUGACUGGUAGUUUACGGACAGCAGCAAGGGAUCAAGAUCUCCCAUUUAUUUGGCUUUCCCAACUCUCGAAUCAACACGAAAGCAGUGACUUAGGCCGCAAGCUUCAGUCGCACUCGCACUCCAGUUCAACGCAUGUUCUUUGCUGCAUUAUUGUGAUACAAAGAUGUGGCUUCGUGCAAUCUUUAUGUUACCAAUACUGAAUCACUGAUGGCGUUAACCGUUACUCCUAAAACGAUGUCGAGUUUUGUAAUACGUUUGUGUUUCUCUUAAACGAUGGCGGUAACUAUUGAACCUCACGGUCCUGUAUCACUUCCA